AUGUCACCGAUCCCCUCAGUCGAUACAAGCUCACAGUGCUAUGAGUCCAAUGCAGACGAUACCGCCUGGGCAGAGGCCUUGACUCGCGAAGACCCAAACCUAACUGGAGCAAUAUAUGUCGUCGAUGACCCAAAUGCGCAGUUUACGGUCCCACGCAACAAAGGGAACGAGGCCAUGGUUUAUCUGACAUACAUCAUCGAUCACUACGAUAAGCUGCCCGACGUCAGUAUCUUUAUGCACUUUCACCAGCUGACAUGGCACAACAAUGACUUUAUGGACUCGGACUCUGCAAAGAUGGUGCAGCAUUUGCGGAGUGAACGAGUUAUCCGCGAGGGCUAUAUGAAUCUCCGUUGCCAUUGGAACCCAGGUUGCCCAGAGCAUAUCCACCCGAGAGUCAAGGGGGAGGACGUCUUGAAUGUGCCAGAAUCAGCUGUGAUUGGAGAAGUAUGGGAAGAGCUAUUUCCAGACACGCCUGUGCCCGCGGUGCUAUCACAACCUUGCUGUGCACAGUUUGCCGCGAGUGCAGAAACCAUCCGCCGCCUCCCACGCGACAAAUACAUCGUUUACCGCGAUUGGCUUCUUAACACAUCGAUCAAGAACUCGGUGUCUGGGCGUGUAUGGGAGUAUCUGUGGCAAUACGUACUCGGUGGAGUCCCGGUAUAUUGUCCCGAAGAACACGUUUGCUAUUGUGAUGGCUACGGAGUUUGUUUCGACGGAGAAAAUGAAUACAAGUCCUACUUUAAGAGGCGGGACGAGAGUCGUGAGCUUGAGAAGCAAAUUGCGGCCCUCAAGUCAGAGAACGGGACAAGGCCGGAUGAAUUAAAGGAAACAAUACGUUCGAUGGAGAGAACGGUUGCGAGCCUGAAACGCGAAAUGGAGGAAAUGCGUGCCAAAGCCAUGGGUUCUUAA